AUGCGCCUCCCACACCCCCUCCUCCUCCUCUCCACCGCCCUCCUCACCCUCGCCGCCUCCCCCGUCUCAAACCUCGACCUCAUAAUCUACGCCUGGCCCGUCCUCCCCUCCUCCACGCCCACCCCCCUCGCGCAAAUCUCCUACAACCCAACCACGCUCAACGCGACCCUAGAAUCCUGGACCCCGCCCACCGAACCCAUCGACGCCACCGCCCUCCUCCGCAUUGGCCUGCACGACCCCCAGGCCCCCGCGGAAGCCAGCUGGACCGGCAUCGCGACAUCAGCCUCCUCGCUUGACCCAGCAUACCGCAAGAAGCUGACGCUGUUCACGGACGGCGAGGGGCGGGUCUGGCGGGUCGGUUUCUCGGCGUUCGCGAGGGGGAGUGGGGAGGAGGAGGUGCUGGUUGAGGUUCAGGGGAGGAAUGAGGGGCCGAGACCGGUGCUGAAUCGGCCGGUGGUGCUGAACAAGGAGGGGAAGGUUGAAGGGGCCAAGGAGGAGAAGACGUUCCUGCAGAAGUACUGGUGGGCGAUUGGGAUAUUCAUUCUGGUCCAAGUGGUUGCUGGAGGUGGAGGGAAGGAGUGA